AUUUUUCCAUCUGGGUUAUGAUUAUUUGAGGCUAAAAAUAAGUUUCUUUUUAUCUGGGUAAUUUGUUGGUUAGUUUUUAUUGGCAAAUUAGUGAUUUUUAUUUUUGUUAUCUGGGUAAUUAUCUUGAUAGUUUUUACAGGUGACUUAGUAAUUUUUCUAUUGUUAUCUGGGUAAUUUUCUUAUUAGUUUUUAUAGGGUUUAGUUUUGUAGGGUUUAGACUGUGAAAAUGUUAUCUGAAAUGGGUAGGAGACCGGUGAACGAAAGUUCGUUUGGGGACGAAUUAGAGAAAGAAAUAGGAUUGUUGCUACAUGAACAAAGGCGAGAAGCCGAUGAUCAUGAAAAGGAGUUAAAUAUGUAUAGAAGUGGUUCGGCUCCACCGACUGUAGAAGGGUCUUUAAGUGCUGUUGGGGGUUUAUUUGGUAGUAAUAAUAAUGGUUUAGCGUUUUCCGAGUUUGCUGGUGGGAAUGGAUUUAUGUCUGAGGAAGAACUUAGGGCUGAUCCUGCUUAUUUGUCGUAUUAUUACUCGAACGUUAACUUAAACCCUAGGUUGCCGCCACCAUUGAAGUCAAAAGAGGAUUGGAGGUUUAACCAAAGGAUGCAAAGUGGUGGCAGUGGGGUGGGUUUAGGAGGAAUUGGAGAUAGAAGGAAAGCCAACCGGACUGAUGUUGGUGGCGGAGGCAUCAAUGGCGGUGGCGGUGUGUCUCUAUUUUCGAUGCCACCUGGAUUUAACUCUAAAAAACAAGAGACUGAAAAUCCUGAGGCUGAGAAAGUUAAAGUUUCGGCUGAUUGGGGCGGUGAUGGUUUGAUCGGUUUGUCUGGUUUAGGGUUAAGUAGCAAACAGAAAAGCCUUGCCGAGAUUUUUCAGGAUGAUAUGAGUCGUUCGAACCCACCAUCUGGACAUCCAUCUCGACCGGCUAGCCGCAAUGCUUUUGAUAACAACGAUGAAUCUCUGGGUCAGUCCGAGACCCAAUCUCAACAGAGCAACGGCCUACCAACAUCGUACUCUUAUGCUGCAGCUUUGGCAGCUUCUUUAUCAAGGAGUGGGACCCCUGAUCCGCAACACAUUGCCCGGGCUCCUAGUCCUGUUCCAACUCCUAUUGGAGGUGGUCGAGUCAACUCAAAUCAGAACAGUCAAAAUCUAUUUAAUGGCGGCUCGUCCCAAACCAAUGAGUCGGAAGAUAUAGUGACAGCAUUGUCGGGACUGAGUUUGUCAAAUGGAGUCAAGGGUGAAAGCAAGAACCGGAACCAGUUUGAUCAAAAUCCAGACUAUCAUGAUGGUUAUUUGAACCAGUCAGGUGGUUCUAAUAAUUUGUACGUUGAUGGAUCAUCUAAUAACAUCUACGGUGUCUGGGAUCAAUCCUAUUCGAACUAUGGUUCAAGCGGAUAUUCUGUCAAUUCUCCACAAAUGAUGUCUGGUCAAGGAGGCAAUUUAAAUCUGCCACCACUCUUUGAGAACGCUGCUGCGGCAGCCUCUGCUUUGGCUUUUCCUGGAAUGGAUUCAAGAUAUGGAUUGGAAUCACAAAGCACAACUAGGAUGGCUAACCAGAUGGCGGGAAACACAUCGUUUAUUGACCCUGUUUAUCUCGAGUACCUGAGGACCACCGAGUAUGCAGCUGCAGCUGCCCAGAUAGCCGCCCUGAACGAUCCCACUGUCGGUAGGAACAGCUAUCUGGGAAAUUCUUAUACAGAUCUGCUCCAAAAAGCUUAUCUUGGAAGCCUAGCGUCACCACAAAAAUCACAAUACGGUGUUCCAUUUGGUGGAAAGUCCACUAGUCCGAACCAUCAUGGAUACUAUGGUAAUCCCAGUUAUGGAAUGGGCUUAUCAUAUCCUGGAAGCCCAUUAAUGAGCCCACUUCCACACUCUCCUCGUGGACCUGGAAGCCCGAUCAGGCUUGGUGAACUUAAUACAAGAUUCUCCCCUCAAAUGAGAAACCUGGGUGGCGGUGCUGGCGGUGUUAUGGGUCCUUGGCAUCUAGAUGGCGGUGAUAAUAGCUUUGGAUCAUCUUUGCUUGAAGAAUUUAAGAGCAAUAAAACCAAGUCCUUCGAGCUUUCUGAGAUCACAGGUCAUGUUGUGGAGUUCAGUGCGGAUCAGUAUGGGAGUCGUUUCAUUCAACAGAAACUUGAAACUGCUACUACAGAGGAAAAAAACAUGGUUUUCAAAGAAAUAUUUCCCCAGGCUCUUACCCUAAUGACUGAUGUCUUUGGAAAUUACGUGAUUCAAAAGUUUUUCGAGCAUGGAUUGCCAGCUCAGAGAAGAGAACUUGCUGGAAAGCUUCUAGGACAUGUAUUGACACUCAGUCUUCAAAUGUACGGUUGUCGUGUAAUCCAGAAGGCAAUUGAAGUUGUUGACUUGGACCAAAAAAUCAAAAUGGUGGAAGAACUUGAUGGUCAAAUCAUGCGUUGUGUGCGUGAUCAGAAUGGGAAUCAUGUUAUUCAGAAGUGCAUUGAAUGUGUUCCCGAACAACAUAUUCAGUUUAUCAUUACUACUUUCUUUGAUCAAGUUGUCACGCUUUCUACCCAUCCAUAUGGUUGUCGGGUCAUCCAGAGGGUACUUGAGCACUGUGAGGAUCAAGAAACACAAAAUAAGGUGAUGAAGGAGAUUCUUGCUUGUGUAAGCAUGCUUGCACAAGAUCAAUAUGGAAAUUACGUCGUUCAGCAUGUACUGGAGCAUGGAAAGCCAAAUGAACGUUCUAUAAUAAUCCAUGAGUUGGCCGGAAAGAUUGUACAGAUGAGUCAACAGAAAUUUGCAUCAAACGUUGUGGAAAAAUGUUUGACUUUUGGUGAUGCCAGUGAACGUCAACUUCUUGUAACUGAGAUGCUUGGUACUACUGAUGAAAACGAGCCUCUUCAGGCGAUGAUGAAAGAUCAGUUUGCGAAUUAUGUUGUGCAAAAAGUACUGGAGACUUGUAGUGAUCAAGAGCGGGAGCACAUUCUGUCUCGAAUUAAAGUUCAUCUGAAUGCACUGAAAAAAUACACAUACGGAAAGCAUAUUGUUGCUCGUGUUGAGAAACUUGUUGCUGCUGGGGAAAGGAGAGUUGCAGCCCAGUUGUCUCAUGGUGGAUAGGUGUAGGAAGAGUUGUACAGCUAACCGAGGCUAGUUUGAGCUAUCGAAAAACGGUCAGUGUAUGUGCUGAUUUGCAAAUGAAGUUUACUUGUACUAGAAGAAACUGUAAAUGCCGUAGAAUUUAAGGUUUAUUAUACAUAGUCGAGGCUCAUGUUUUCCUUGGAAAGGGUGUAAAAAUGAGUGCAAAAAUAACUAGUUUUGUUGAAUCACUACGUGACUGUACAAAUAUGUUACCGCCUAUGCUGAAAGUCGGAUUUUCAGUCAUAUGUAUCGUAUUUAAACAGUUUUUUAUGCAGCUGAUAAUGUAUCUUUGAAUUUGUCUGUG